AUGAUCUUAACAAGAAGAUAUAAACGAGUUGGAUUAUUUGGAGCUGCAUUUUUCAUUGUCAACAUCUUCUCUCUCCUAUCUAUAAACUGCAUAUCUGGGGCUCAUGAUCAUCAACUGACAAGGAAGGAAUCGGUUCUGGGUUCAGAGCCUCCC